AUGGCAACUUUAGGAAUCUCGGGUCUCGAGCGGCUUAAGAAUCACCUACUUCAACUUUCAGAAGACCCAGAAAUUCCUCUGGAUGAACCUCUCUUCGAUGAAGUCGAGCUACAGCUUAGGGAUGAAAAUAUUCAGCCCGUUAUACCUCAACUUUUGCCGCCCCUCACAAAAAUACUCCCCACUUAUCAACGAGACCCUUCAAUUCUAGCUAGUCUCACGACCAAACUUCUCCAACCGUUGCAGUUCACAGAAAUACUCGUCACAGCUUCCGAACAUGAUAUAUGUCACGCGUUACAAUCAACUUACCCAUCUUCUGCUAUUCUUGGCAUCAUGAUUAUCUCAAAAGCUGCUCACUCUCCGAGUUACACUACUAUCCUAUCGAACAUGAAGUCAUUAUUAACAACUUUCUUCUACACAUGGCUUAGCACGCCACACGUUAGUGUUGGAGAAGCCGCAACAAAAGUAUUGGGCGACUUAUUAGAUAUGGACUGCGAUGGAACAAAUAAACCAUCGGAGCUGAACCAUGAGGGGGGGAAUGCGACCGUAAUACGAAAGAGACCGCCCGGCCAAGGGCUCCUGUGGAGACGCGUAUUCUACGACUUUGACAUAUACUCUCUUUUCUUCUCUCUUUGUGGGCCCGCGCAUGUUGAAACGGUAACCCAGCCUGGACUCGACCCGCGUCAGAAAUCCUUAGCUCAAGCCCGACUCCUACAACUGUUGCCUCGUCUUGCUAUGCUUGAUCUUUACACAUUGAUUCAUACGCCAUUUCCAGUAACUGUAGAUAAACAAGACACUCCUCUGCCUGCUCUUUUACCCUUUGCUGCCGAGCAAAUGGUUGAUAAGACUGAUAUACUCAUGCACAUGACGCUCGUUCACUUUUAUAAGGAUCUUCUUAUUCUAAUGAGCCGAUAUAUUCUCCCGCCUUCUACUCUUUCCUACAUCGGUACCCUGAUCACACGAGUUGCCCGUGAAGAUACUUUGUUGCAAAACUGUCUCAACACAAUAACUCGCGAUCCCGAAACUUCUCCGGAACUACUCAAGCUCAUGAAUUAUAUGGGCUACUCCGAUUAA